AUGGCGACCUCAGAAUCAGCCAUUGCGGCCGAGCCCGCUGUAAACAAGGAGUCUUUGUCGACCCAUGACACGGCCACAAAAGAAGAUCCCAACCAACACGGCGACGAUGCCCCUGAAGAUUUGGCCCUGCCACACUCUGCUGCCGACGGCCUGAUCAAGAAGCCAUUCGGAACCCCAAUUGAAGGAUCCACGCCGCCAGCCCUCGCCGAAUUGACGCCCGAUCAAUCCAAGAAAUAUAAUGACGUGCUCACAGCCGUCUCUGGAUGGACGUCGGCGCCCGCAAGCUCGGCCAAAGGCGCUGCGGAAACGCCGCUCACUGACGAGGAGCGCCUGUUUCUGACCCGAGAGUGCUUGAUCCGAUAUCUGCGGGCGACCAAGUGGAAUGUCGCGGACGCAGUCAAGCGUCUCCGGGCUACUUUGGUGUGGCGCCGGGAGUAUAUCGGGGACAAGUUGACUCCAGACUAUAUCUCGAUCGAGAACGAGACGGGCAAGCAGCUUCUUAUGGGAUACGACCUAGAGGGCCGCCCUUGUCUAUAUCUACUGCCAUCCCGACAGAAUACCGAGAAGAGUCCGCGGCAAUUGGAGCAUCUGGUGUUUAUGCUGGAACGAGUCAUCGAUCUGAUGCCUGCUGGUCAGGAGAGUCUGGCUCUGGUAGUUAACUUCAACGAGACAAAGUCUGGCCAGAACGCUUCAGUGAGCCAGGCCAAACAGACGCUUGAUAUUCUGCAGAAUCAUUAUCCGGAGCGAUUAGGCCGCGCUCUGGUGAUCAACAUUCCCUGGAUUAUUUGGGGUUUCCUCAAGAUCAUCACCCCCUUCAUUGACCCCGUCACAGUUCAAAAAUUAAAGUUUAACGAGGACCUGCGCAAACACGUUCCGCCCGCACAGCUGCUGAAGUCGGUCGGCGGCGACGUUGAGUUUGAAUAUGACCAUGCCUCCUACUGGCCUGCGCUGACCAAACUGACCCAACGGCAUCAGAAGGCGUACCGCGACCGAUGGGCCAAGGGUGGCAAGAAGAUCGGCGAGUCCGAGCUCUAUCUCCGAGGAGGGACUGACAAGAGCCAGUUUGUAGCUGAGACUGAGUUGGAGCAGAAAGUAGAGAAGCUGGACGUCCAGGACUCUGAAUCGGCGCCGGCUCCGGAAACAGCUCAAUGA